AUGGUAACAGCAGGGUUGGGCAGAGGAACACGGAGACUGGAGAAUGAGAGAGCGGGUCAUGAUGAAAGGGCAGAGUCUGCACUUUCCGCAAGAAGUUAUGAUGGACAAAAUGAAGCAUUACACAGUGCUCUGAGACGCAAGAAAGACUUACUCCGGAGACUAAGGGAACAGCACAUGCUCAACGACUUAGCAAGGCCACAGACGUGGGCUGGAACUUGCAGACAGCAUCAUUAUGAAUCUCCUGCCUCGCCUGCACCCCCGGUUUAUAUCUAUCAAUCUCCUCCUCCAGCUCCUCCUCCAGCUCCUCCUCAAGCCCCGCAGCCUCCUCGAAUCAUCCAACACACUGUUCCACAUCCGCCAGCCACCAUCAUUCAGCAGCUACCACAGCAGCAGCCACUUAUAGCACAGAUUCCACCAGUCCAACCUGCUCCCUACAGAUCCGGCAGCAUUAAAGAGGACAUGGUGGAGCUAAUGCUCAUGCAGAACGCCCAGAUGCAUCAGAUCAUCAUGCACAACAUGAUGCUGAAGGCGCUUCCUCCGACAGCCGCCGGCAUGAGCAAAAGUCCUCCUGCAGGCCAGGAGAACUACAUGAAAGCCAGAGGAGGCGCUGUCCAUCAUCAUCAUCACUACGGGCCUCCGCCGCUCCCUCCUAUUGGCUACUCAUCUUGGCCGUCUAUGAUGUCACCAGAAAGGGGAGGAGCUUAUCACCCAUCCAUUCACCACAUAACCGGCCCUGUAACUCUGCCUCCACUUAACACUGUCACUGUUGAUGGCCUGAAGACGAGAUUUCCUCUUGGAUUCUAAGGUGCGUUAAAGGACAGUUAUUCAUUUGAUUUAUUUAAAAACUAUCAUAUUUAUAAUAUACUUCUACGCUGAUCACCUCUCAUUUAUUUCUGUCCUGCACGCCUGCACUCAGGUUCAGUGAAGAAGAAAUAUGCACAUAUUUACAUUCCUGGCUGAAAUAUUUGCAUCUUGUAAAUCAAUAAUAAAAUAUUUUUUAAAUGUUUGAAAUUCGUUUUUGAUGAGGUGCUUAUUUGUGCUUGGGCUGAAUGAAAUGUAUAAUGUGUGACUGGAUUUGUGUUACUUAAUCUCUCAAAAUGAAAGCCCAGAUCUGCAAAAAGAAGAGGAAGAAGAAUAAUAUAUUAAUACAAAAUAACUUUUUUUUAUGUAUUUAAAGUGAUUUAUUUCUUUUUUUAUUUGUUUGCUUGCUUAUUAGUUUGUUAGUAUUAAUGCGUAAUAAUUUCUUCUUUGACGUUUAAACGCCUUACCCUAGGGACCAGAGUUGCCAGAUCCAGUUUCACCAGCAGCUAAUAAUUUCUGUAUUGAACUUUAUCUCUGUAAUGUAGUUUCUGGUCAUUUUGCAUACAUAACAAGAGGAAUAUGGGGUUAAUACCAAGGAACCAGAUAGGUAGAUGACCUAAAAGGGGUCCAGGAAAAUGAAAACUAUCUGUAGAGAAUGCAUUAACAUGUUUUGGUUCGCCUGUUUAAUCCUAUUCUCAACAGUGUCAGAUACGUCACUGAAUGAAUCUAUGUGUGUCAGUGAAUUGAUUAUUAUAUCUAUACAAGUAUUUUUUUCAUUUCUGGCAAUAUUUGUAUAAAUUCGAGAUUUUAAAGAGUAUUGGUGAAAGGAUCAUUUAGGUUAACCAUAUGUAUUUUUAUGAUGCCUGGCUACAAUUCAUUGAAUGACGUUUCUUUUAAAUGAUUGCACAUUCGCAGUUAUAGUUAUGAUGGAAUUUGAAAGCAUUAGAAAAUUUCUAAAGGGACACGUUUUUUAGAUUCGUUUGUGAAUAUUGAAUGCGGAUUUUGUAAAACGCAGACCUGGCAACCCGAAGCAGCAGCUGGUUGUCUAAGCCAGGGGUUCCCCAAACUUUUCCAGGGCAAGGCCCCCCAGAUGGCAUUAACAUUUGACCGAGGCCCCCCUUUUGCAAGAUGUCUUUAAAACACAUUAAAAAUACAGACUUCUGAAUAUAUCCCCCUUUUUUUUAAAUUAAUAAUUACAUCUUACAUCUUUACAUUACAUUACAUUAGGAAUUGAUUGUGUGUGUGUGUGUGUGUGUGUGUGUGUGGUUGUCUGAGAGUGAGAAAGAGAAAACAUACUAGUGUGAGGGCUGGGAACACCAAAUUGUUGAGGCCCCCCGGGCGCCCCCUGGUGGCCCCCACUUUGAAAACCACUGGUCUAAGCGUUAUCCGAGGCGCGUGGCGGCUAGCACCGAACUGGUCGAUUCCAGAAAUGUGACUCUGACUCAUUGAUUCCAAUUCUAGAAUAAAAUACAGUGUGGAGUCGAAUAUUGGAAUCGAAAUUCCAAUAUUUGACCACACUGUAUUUU